AUGGCAAACACAGAACCAACUCCGGAAAGUAAUGUUUACAGCUUUGGAAUUAUAUUGUUCGAGAUGACUACGGGUAGAAUUCCUUAUGCCGGAGGUGACACGAUCGAUGACUGGGCCUUAGACUUUUUAAGAGGGGAAAAUCCGAUGACGGAAUUGGCAGAUCCGACUUUGGAUUCCUUUGACGCGGAUCAACUUGAAGCAUUUGGUAAAGUGAUAAGAUCUUGUGUUGAUUCCGACCUUAAAAGGAGGCCGGAAAUGAGAGAAGUUACUUCUAGACUAAAAGAGAUAACGAGAAUAGCACAAGACGGAGCAACACCGAAAAUUUCCCCUCUUUGGUGGGCCGAACUUGAGAUACUGUCGACUGAAGCCACACUCAGGUGUGGUAAUCGGCGGCCGGCCCGUGGGUUGUAUGGUCGUAUUUUGGCUACCACGUAAAAUCCAGCGGAAAGCACAAUAUUUUUGAAGACUUUUGCGACGAACAAGUCGCAUGUCUAUUUAUUAUCUUGUAUAUUUAUGUGAUGUGUCACAACUCAAUAGGGGAAAAAGUCUGUCUUCUUUUGUUUUUCAAUGGGUUGUGGUUGUCGUUAUUUAUUUGAUAUUUUUAUCAUUAAAAAGCAUUACGAUGUAAUUUUCAUUUCUUGAUUUUGGUCACACAAUAAACAAUGGAAAUGCUUAAGUUAUCAAUCAAAACGAGUUUGGAUAA